UUUCAAAACAGGCAAUGGUAUUCAUCAGGCCAUCGGACGUACCGUUUCCCCAAGUGUGGUGGCGGUUCACAGUGCACAAGGAUGGUGUCCCUACUCCGCUCCGUGUUCAGGACCUGACCGAUGACCUGGUGGAGCCAUGCAUCGACAUACUCAGGGAGAACUUCACCAGAGACGAGCCGCCUUGCAAGUAUAUCGAGAUCAAUAAGCAUCCGUCAGCUGUAGCGGAGCUGGUGAAACUAUGGCGUAACACCAUUAAAGACAAAUUCUCUAUAGUUUGUGUGGAAGACAAGGAGCAGAAUCCGCAGAUAGUGGGCGUUAAUGUCCUCACUGUGGUCUGCAAGGAGGAUAAGGAAGAGCCGUUUCAUACCGAAGACCAGGUUUGGGCCCAACUCUUCGGUGCUGUAGAACUUGUUGCCAACAGCGUGGACGUUUACACUCACUAUGGAGUGGACAAAUACUUAACAGCGUACGGCCUGGUGGUGGCUAAGGGCUGGAGAGGUUUGAAAAUCGGAGCUGAGAUAUUGAAAGCCAGGUAUUUAUUUAUUCUUUUUUGCAUUUAAACACAAAAGAUAGACUUAAUGCCAAAGGCAUUCUCUGUCAGUCUACCAGAAAAAGAUGUUGGAGUCAGGAUGUUAGGCGAUAAGAAUAAAAAAAAAACAAAACAUAAGAAACGGUGGCCAAAAAAUUAUUAAAUAUAAACAAAUUAAUAAAAUCAUAAUACAUAAUACUAUAUAUUCUAAACAAAUAUAUAUGCAAAUAUAGAUAAAAUAUAAAUAUAUACAUAAAAAAAUACAUAUGAAGAUCAUGCACCUCAUGCAUCAAUCUCUAAAAAACCAUUCUAACUAAGCAGUUUUAAUAUGAGCUGGGAGAGUAUUCCAAAGGCGAAUAGCUGUCAGAGUAAAAGAUUUGGAAACAAAAUCAGUAUGAUGAAAAGGAGUUUGAAGAAUGAGGUUGCUACUAGAGCGAAGAUCACGUUGAUGACCGGAACCAAGAUAUUGAA